AUGCACCAGGCAUACCUCAUUGACACGUCUGGUUUGGGAACCUCCAAACAAGCCAUUCGCGCCAAGUUAGUGCCCUAUGACAUGAGAUCUACGUUGCAGAGCUGUCAGACAGUCAACGCCUACAUGGGAUUUCCUUUCAAUGGAGCCGAAAAUGCUGUGAUUCCUGGACAAACACCCGAGACCAUCCGGAACGUCUUCGGACCCUUGACCUUUCCCAACGGGGGCCUCUUUCGACUCUGCUACUCCCCCGAUGGAAUUCAGUGGCAGGAGCUGGAGCCCAGUAUCUCAGUGCUGGGCGCUGAGAGCACCAGCAACAAGAUCUGGUGUCCGGUAACCAGCUUGAGACGGGCGGAGUGCAAGACCGUGCAACCGCCACCCAUCGGCUGUGAGUGCACGGGCAAGGUGCAGGGAUACAAGCGGAACAACCUGACCGAUGAGUUCAUGCUGACCGGCUUGCCCAAUCCUGCCUAUCCACCGUGGCGUUCCAGUCUGACGUACGUCAACGAGGCCUGCGGAAAUUCAGAUGCAGCUCCCUUUGUGGACAAGGUGUCCAACGUGCAGAAUGAGAUUGGCUACGAGAUCCACAACUUUGGACUUCUCAAGGAUGGUUUCAAUCUGGGAGUCUGGAAAGUCUGCUAUUGUGCGGGCUUUGACUUUGACAACGGCGCGGCCGAUGGAGGUAUUGUGACCGUCUGUUCCAACGCAGCGCCACAGGACUUUCGGCAGGAAAUUGGACGGUUGAUCGUGAUCAAUGUAGAGUCACUGAUUGGACAAGCAGGAAGCAGAGACAUCACCGUCUACCCCACGUUGCGCUUUGGACUUGUAAUCAAUUGCGGCCACGACGGAGUGCUGAACAAAGAGCCAGACUCGGUCUCUGGCGGCUGCUCAACCGGGACGGAUGCGAGAUAUAAGAUCAUCCGCUCCUCAUCGGAGAGCUACAAGCCUUACUACGAUCCCGAUGCUGGCUGUCGUUUCUUACCACAAGCGAGCACGGUCACGGAUGGGGCGCAGGUCCUCGGUGGUCACCUUGGCCCGUUGAACUGCGCAGGGCCCUCCACUUGCUACGAUUUACCCGAGGAGGUUAUGGCUGGCAAAGCCCCCACCUUCCUGGAUGUUCAGGUAGAUGCGAGCUAUGAGAAUCGGGUGAUGAUCGCCUCCAGCUAUGAUGUCUGCUACUGCGAUGAGAACUGCCUCAACUCGGUCUAUUGGUUCAAAGCUGGCACCCUGGAUGUAGAGCCAGUCGUCACCCGUUUCACCACCGACUAUACGACUGGAUCCUUUGGUGAGAAUCCUGCCAUUGUGAACACAGGACGCCUCUUAGUCUUCAUGGGCAUGGGUACUGACUCUUCUCCCAUUGAGGGCAGUUGGACGGGCGGAACUGAAACCAAAACGCGCGAGAUGAAACUCCUGAGAGACGAUGAUGGAAACGUGGACAAAGAGUCGUGUUUGAACACCCCGCAGCCUUUGGGCAUUUCUGGUCACCGCUUGGUCAGUGGCAACACCGACUAUACGGAGCCACAGACAAUCUUGGAGGCAGCGGAUGCGGGACGCCCCAAGGGCCAGUUGUAUGGCUUGGUUUGCAACACUGCUGAUCCACCCGAUUGUGCCGCAAACAUUCGGAUCUCCGUGCCUGGUUGGUAUGCCGCCUGUUACUGCGACUCCAACUGCAACGAGGUGAAUAACUGGGCCGUCUUCGGGCGUCAAAUUGUGGCCGGUCCCACAGCUCGUCAGAGUUGGACCAGGUAUACCGGUGUGACCUUCAGUAUCGAUGUGGAAGGAUAUGACUUGCAAGAAACCAAUCGAGCUCUAAUUCUGAGCACGGCACAGCAGCUGCAGGAUUGUGGAAACCUGGGCCCCACGGCCAACGCCAACGGGCCGAUCGACCCAGCGAUUCUGCACACAAGGGACACCUCGGGCGCACGACCUACGGACAUGGUGUGGUCCAGCAUGGGAACGGAAAUCUCCUUCGACAGGAGCCAUGGCCUGAAGGAUGGUGAUCGUGUAAGAUUGGCAGGAGUCAAUCCAGAUCCUGCAGACACCACCCAAGCUGCGCUGGCGUUGGCAGUGAAGCGUGCCGAGAUGUUCAACACGGUCCAUGAGGUCUUUGUCUCCUGCGAUGAUGAUGCCACUUCCUGUUGGAAAAUCUUGAUCCCCGUGCGCUUCGCUGCCGCCGAAUUUCCGGCCAUUCCCAACAUUCCCAGUGUCACGUGGUCACAAACCUCCAAAGAGACCUUUCGCAACAUCAAGG